ACAAGGAUAACAAAGUGUUUGUUUCUACAAAUGCUACUUUCCUUGAAGAUAACUAUAUGAAAGACAACAAACCGAAAAGUGAAAUUGUAUUAGAGGAAAUGCUCACAGAUACUGUUCCUUCAAAUGUACCAUCUUCUUCUACUCAAGAAGAGGAACAUCCCACUCCCUCAGUUGUAGCAACUGAGAAAACUACUACUAAAGCUCCUGUUCAGAAGGUCACCGCUCCUCGUCGUAGUGGGAGGGUUUCUACAAAACCAUCUCGUUAUGGCUUGGAUGGUGAAAUCAAUAUGGUCAUUGGUGACGGUAUUGAUGACGACCCAUUAACCUAUAAACAGGCAAUGGCAAGUCCGCAACGGAAGCAAUGGUCAGCCGGUAUGGAUUCAGAAAUGGAUUCCAUGAAAAAGAACAAAGUCUGGGAAUAUGUAGAACCACCUGAUGAUUUUCGUCCAAUUGGAUGUAAAUGGGUCUACAAGAAGAAAAGAGGUGCUGGAGGCGAAGUCGAAACUUUCAAAGCUAGACUGGUCGCCAAGGGUUAUACCCAAAGAGAAGGUGUGGACUAUGAGAAAAAUUUUAGUCCGGUUGCCAUGCUC